AUGGAGCAUGAUUUCAUCUCCUACGCUCAAACGCAUAUUUACGGUUUCUCGCACAACAAGCGCUUGUGGUCGUGGUGCUACUUCCACAGACCCCUGUGCAACAGCAGCUCCUUCCUGUCGCGCUUCUGCUCCCUCUUCCCCUUCCAGACCAUGAAGACCGUCAGGGUCCAGCUGAACGGCUUCCGAACCAUCCUCGAGGACCCCGACUUGGACGUCCGGCUGGUGCUGCUGGUGAGGGACCCCCGGGGAGUGAUGGAGAGUCGGUCCCACCGGGAGGACUUCUGUCCGGGGAACCCGGACUGCGAGGACCCGAGGAGGUUGUGCAAGGAUAUGGUUGGAAACUUCCACGAGGCGAGGGAACUCCUAAGUCUCUUUCCGGGGAGAUUCAGAGUCGUCAGGUACGAAGACCUGGCCCAAGACCUGGAUCGGAUGGUUCCGGAGCUCUUCGACUUCUUCCGCCUCCCGGUGACGAACUCGACAGUGUCCUUCCUGCAGACGCAUAGCAUGAAGGAGAUGGGCGGGGUGAGCAGCACAUACAGGGAUUCCAAGGCGGCGGCCGUUGCCUGGCGCACGAGGCUCACGCACGAUCGCGUCCGAGAGGUCCAGGCGGCGUGCGCCGAGGCCAUCGGACUCUGGGGGUAUGCGAUGGCCGGGCCGGAGACGGACUUGGAAACGUUUCAUCCCGUUUUGAACUUCACCAUGGGCGUUUGAAAGGCGGGAAGGGUCGACCGGCCGUGUUACCAGGGUUUCCUCUGCUCAAAUUCUACCACGAACGGUCUUGGGAGACUUUUCCCUUACUCUUCAUCUUUGUUCUUCCUGUCUCGCGCGAUUUGCGUGCGACGAGCCGGUCGGAGGUCUCGUGCGGUUUUAGUUUCUUUUCCCGUUUCAAACUGAAAUUUAUCUGGUGGAGGCGAUAUCCCG